ACAGAUAAAAAAAAAUGAGCUCAAAUAGUAGCUGUUCUCUUUUGGUUCUCCUCUCUCUGCUACUUUUAUUGAUCAUUGGUUCUGCAGAUCUCACAGUUUCCAGCUCUUGUCUUAGGAAAUGUGGAGGAAUCAACAUCCCGUACCCAUUUGGAAUCGGAAUGGGUUGCUAUCUUGAGCACUCGUACGGAAUCGAAUGUGUUAAGUCCACCUUUAUUCCAGGGAAGGUCGUCCCUUUUCUUUCCGUAAUUGGCAAGGAAGUUGUGGAUAUCUCUCUUCCAAGCGGAUCGAUGAGUUAUGGUUCCAGGGAACAAGCGUCAGUUCGCAUAAGAAACCCAAUAACUUCAAAGGGAUGCUCGAGCGACGAAAAAGAGCUUGGAUCCCUUUUGAAUUUGACGGGUACUCCUUUUUACGUUAGCCAAAGUAAUACAUUGAUAGCGUCUGGUUGCAACAACACGGCAUCAUUGACGAAUGUCGAGCCAAACAUGGUGGGAUGCAAGUCUAUUUGCGCCCCAGAAAAUCGUUCAGCCGCAGAAGAUUAUCUUGCGGUGCUCAGUUGCGAAGAUGAUAGGUAUACUAGUUGCCGUGGAAAAAGCAUUAUCGAUGAAGAAAGCUGCAAUGGCGUUGGCUGCUGCCUGGCAAACAUCCCUGCUCGAAUUCGACAAAAUGUUGGUGUGAGAAUUGAUAGCAACUCGUCAACGUUAGGGUGCAAAGUUGCCUUCUUAACAGACGAGGCAUACUCUUCGCUAAAUGGAUCUGAUCCAAAACGACUUCAUGCUAAACGAUAUUCCACAGUUAAGCUAGGAUGGUUCAUCCAUACAUCGAAUAGUUCGUAUGUAAACUCUUUAGGAUGCCAAAGUUUUGAAAUGUACAGACGUAAUUUAAGGAACAACGUCUCAGUUGCAUUUUACGGAGCAAGUUGUUUUUGCGACUAUAAUGCCUAUCUAAGCUAUGCAAGAUGCUUAUGCAAUGACAAUUACGAAGGCAACCCAUACCUUCCGGGUGGAGGCGGAUGCAAAGAUAUUAAUGAAUGUCUCGAAAAAGAUACUCAUGGAAAUCAAAAACACUGUAUGGGUUCCACGUGUGUCAAUUUGCCGGGAUACUUUAGUUGUGUAAACAAAAAUCACAAAAAUCAUCGGCCACUUGCUAUAGGAAUUGGUUCGAGUUUUGGCUCAUUGGUUUUUAUUGUUGGAAUAUAUUGGUUAUACAAAUUAAUUAGAAAGCAGAAGAGGUUAAGGCAAAAGAAGACAUUCUUCAAGCGUAAUGGGGGUCUACUCUUGCAACAACAAUUGACUACAACGGAAGGUAACGUCGAGAAGACAAAAGUAUUCAGUUCGAGAGAAUUAGAAAAAGCUACCGAAAAUUUUAGCUUAAAUAGAAUACUUGGUCAAGGUGGUCAAGGUACUGUCUAUAAAGGGAUGCUUGUCGAUGGUAGAAUUGUAGCAGUGAAGAAGUCCAAAGCCGUGGACGAAGAUAAGUUGGAAGAGUUCAUCAAUGAGGUUGUCAUUCUUUCCCAGAUCAACCACAGAAACAUCGUUAAACUCUUGGGUUGUUGUCUUGAGACAGAUGUCCCUGUUCUCGUCUACGAGUUUAUUCCUAAUGGUAACCUUUUUGAACAUCUUCAUGAUGAAUUGGAGAAUGACACACUAACUACUUGGGUAGUGCGCCUCCGCAUUGCUGUAGAUAUAGCAGGAGCUCUUUCAUACUUGCACUCGGCUGCAUCGUCGCCAAUCUAUCACAGAGACGUCAAGUCUACAAACAUAAUGUUGGAUGAAAAAUAUCGAGCCAAGGUAUCUGAUUUUGGAACUUCAAGAUCAGUAACGGUGGACCACACCCACUUGACGACGGUAGUUUCAGGUACAGUGGGACAUGUGGAUCCAGAGUACUUUCAGUCUAGCCAAUUCACAGAUAAAAGUGAUGUCUAUAGCUUUGGAGUGGUGCUCGUGGAGCUCAUUACAGGUGAAAAAUCUGUUUCGUUUCUGCGAUCUCAAGAAAACAGGACACUUGCAACUUAUUUCAUUCAUGCAAUGAAACAUAAUACACUCUUUGACAUCAUCGACCCACGAAUCAAAGAUGGCUGCAAGUUGAAUCAAGUGACUGCAGCUGCAAAAAUUGCAAAGAAAUGUUUGAAUCUGAAGGGGAGAAAGCGACCAAGCAUGAGAGAAGUGUCCAUGGAGUUAGAGAAUAUUCGCUCGUCUUCUGGAGAUAUGCAGUCACAUGAGUAUGUUAGAGAAAAUGAGGAAGAAAAAGAGGAAGAAGUCGUGCAAGUUAAUAUAGAGGUACAACCGUGGAACAAUGUAGCUGUUACUGCUCCAACGUAUCAAUCCAACGAUGCAUCAUCAUCUUCAUUGUGGUCAGAUGUUGAACCAUUGUUUCCCCUUCAGACACGAUAACACUUCAGUUCACGUACCACUAUAUAAUCUCAUGUGUUUGCUUUGAAAAUCGAUUUUCUGUGUUUUUGUGUAAAGAUAUUUCUAUCAAGAUCGCCAAGUGGGAAAGGAAAAAUAAGAAAACCAUCUCAUAAA